GCCGAAAAUGGUCCCAACGAAACAUUCCGUCCGUUGUGUAGUUUUUUCUUGACGCGACGAUGUCAGAGGUCCUCACUCCUUGGCAGAUUGUUUGGCUCGAGCACCCCCUGGAUCGAGGCCCUCGAGGUCAGGCAGCGCCCACAUCGGCGCGGAGGGCUCUGCGCCCCGCAAUGUCCCGCGCUGUGGCGCUCCUGAGCCUGCCCGUGUUCGCAGGUGCACAGUUGGCCGGGACAACAAAGGAGGAGCAGCCGCCGCCGUUAGUGAUCGCCGAGUGCACCCUCGAGGCGGGCUGCACGGCGCAGCAGCGGGCGGUAACCCUCGACGCGAACUGGCGUUGGGUGCACGGCCAGACCUGCCAGGGGACGGGCCCGACGGCGCAGUGCUACUCCUCCGGCAACUGCUACACGGCGGGAUGCACGUGCACGGACCUGGCGGGCCCGUCGUACAGCCAGUGCGUCCCGCCGCAAGGCUUCUACACGUGCUCAGGCGCGGGCGCGAGCACGCAGGGCAGCGUCGCCACGAUCAUGAAGGAGUCCGUGCGCGCCGAGGGCCCGGGAGGUGCUGGCGUUCAUUCGCCGCGGGCGGCCUGGGUGUGGGCUGCCGUGCCGGCCGCGCUGGCCGUCGCGGCCGCGGUUGCUGCGUGGGCCCGGGGGCGCAGGGCUGGCGGCCAUAGCCUGCUUCGCGCUGACGAGGGGGACCUGCUGGAGCGCGCGCCGCUGUCCGACGAGGCGUGCGAGUAGACCCCAAGGAGGCCCUCGACGGCGCGCUUUGUCCGCGCGGCGGGGCGGGCGGCCAGAGGCCCCUCCCCCUACACACACAUGCACGCGCAUUCUCCGAGGCCGGAGGCCCAGACCUCCGACCGACGAUCUGUUGUGGUUGUAGUUGUGGUUGUCGUUG